GGCUCCGUUUCUGGUAGAGAUCGUCGGUAGCUCCCGAGCUAGGUCUAUCUAGGACUAAGGUCUUGCCUGGGGUUGUUAUCGUAGAUCUGACGUCACGCAACAGCAGGGGUGAAACGACAAGUUCGAGUGCGUCCAGUUGACAUUGGAUGGAAGAAACUUCAAGCCAAUAAGAUGGACAGGGUAAGUGUUGCGUUAUCAUCAUGGCAUCAACGGAAAAUUGCCCAGAAGGGAAGCGGCUGUUUUUCUUCUUGUUGAGCAGUCGAUGAUCGGGGCCAGCUCGAUGCGGCUCGAUCGCGGUUGUCAUUGACCGAUCUAAACAUUGCGAUUUGAAUGUCGGAGACAUGGAAACUCCAGUAGACCAGAUGAGCUGUUUCUUGGGAAGAGUAGAAGCUUAUUGGAUGCCACUGUUGUAAAGACAUGGGUCGUUCUCAGGGCAGUAGCUAUUCCGGAGGGGUGCUACAAAUAGCUGUUGCUUACGGUACAGCUGUCAGGUGCCAACAGUCCUUAAUUUCAAACAGCUGCCUAAAACCUACAAGUUUAUUACUUAUGUUGCAUUCUGAAAGGUCAUCUGCCGCGCCUUGGAAGUGGGAGCUGCCCAGCCGUGCGUCGGAGAUGACGCAAGAGGGACGUCCAAGCACUAGGGCUCUUAAAUACCCCGAGAUCUCCUGGUAAGCAUUCUGUUACCUGUAUGAACAUUGAGCGCCUCGAGACAGAAGGCAAAGGGUUACUUCUUGCGAAUGUUUCGGCCCAGAAGCAGAUGGUCAGUGAAUCAAGAUGAUGUCGCCUCGUUUUGGAGCAACGCUGUUGCGCACAAGUGUUAUUCGACCGCCGAUCGUCCGCGCAACCAGGGGAAUCACCAGCCCGGCUCAUGUCAAAGAGAAGCUACCCACGGAUGGCGGCAGAAACCGUGAGCGGUUUCGAGAGUUCUCGCUGGCUGGUAAGGUGUUUGCCGUGACCGGCGGAGCCCGGGGGUUGGGGCUGUCAAUGGCUGAGGCCUUGGUCGAGGCCGGAGGUGAAGUCUAUUGUCUCGAUAGACUCCCCGAGCCAGACGACGAGUUCCACGCCGCCAAAGCCCGCGCGAAUCCAGACUUUGGAGGCUCUAUCCACUACCGCCAAGUGGACGUCACCGACGACGCAAACACCGAAGCCACCAUGGCUGAGAUUGCAAGCAACAAGAACAGAUUAGACGGCUUGAUCGCCGCAGCGGGCGUCAACCACGUUGCGAGUGCAGUCGAUCACUCCCCAGCCGCCGUCGACAACGUGAUUCAUAUCAACUACACGGGUGUCUUCCGAAGCGCCGUCUCAGCAGCAAAAGAGAUGAUGAAGAGAGACUGCCAGGGAUCAAUUCUGCUCGUGGCUAGUAUGAGUGGCAUAAUCGCCAACAAGGGCAUGACAUCAGCCAUCUAUAACUCAUCCAAGGCGGCGGUGAUCCAGCUCACUAGGAGUCUGGCUAUGGAGUGGUCCGAGGUUGACCCUAAGACGAAGAAGGGAGGGAUCCGAGUCAACUGUCUCUGCCCAGGCCACAUUGAGACGCCCAUGGUACAAAUGAUUGUGGAGAAGGAUCCGGCGACCAGGGAGCUUUGGGAAUCAGAAAAUAUGAUGAAGCGGCUGGCGCGGCCGGAGGAGUUUCGCGGAGUGACACUGCUGCUAAUGAGCGAUGCCAGCAGCUUCAUGACUGGAAGCACGGUUGUUGUUGACGGGGGGCAUACCGCUUGGUGAUUUUCUUCUAUUCUACUACCCCAGUGAUAGACAGACAUAGCGAUCACUCGAUAAUUUGACAUAUUUCUUACCAUGAGCCGGCGAGCAACAAUCACGCUAUAUGCAUUGCGUGAUUCAUGAGUCUCGGGCUUCGGGUAGCAUCCCCGACCGGCAUUGAUUACAUCCAGAAUGAAGCUACUGCCCCCGAGGAUGUUGGGGUAAAUGAGGGUCUAAGUUCGGGGCAAGCAUCCGAACCCCGGAUUUAGCCCUAUUCUGGGGAGGCGGGGUUCUUCACCCCCAGCGUACGGAGUGUUGACAGGCUCCUCUGUAACCACACACGAUGUGGUUUCUCACAACCCUCCUUUCCCUGUCAAUCGUGGGUUCUGCUACCCCAACCACGCAAGGACAUAUCAAGUCUCCUAAGGCUCACGUCAAAAACGGAACGUAUGAAGGCAUAUAUUCCGCGGAAUAUCACCAAGACUUCUUCCUGGGCGUUCCAUUUGCGCAGCCCCCCGUCGACAACCUCAGGUUUAGAUUACCCCAGUCUCUGAACUCUACAUGGAAGGGCUCUAAAACCGCAAAGGACUAUUCUCUUCUCUGCGUCGGAUAUGGCGUAAGCCCGCCACCGUCUAGC